CAGGCCUCUGGCCCUGUGCCUCCCUGGCUAAAGAGCACCCUGUGGGGAGGAAGCAGGGCCCCAGGCGGAACCGGGAAAACACACCGGGGCUUUAAACAGACCGGGCCACUCCCAUCGAAUUUGGAAAGCGGUUAAAAGAGGUCGUGCCGCAUUCUGCGCCGCGUCCCUCUUCCUUCAGUCCCGCCGAGUGUCCCCGACCAGAGGUGACCUCCUAGAAGGGGAGGUCCCCAAACUCGAGGCCCUGUGUGUAGGGAAGGGGAGCGCCCGCCCCUUCCCCGCCGCCGCGAGCGCCCCGGGAGGGGACCGGGGCUGCCGUCCCUCCGCCUCUUCCCCCGCGGGGCGUAGCGAUGGCCCGGGCCAGGGCCGGGGCGCUGCUGGCGCUUUGGGUGCUCGGGGCCGCCGCGCAUCCGCAGUGCCUGGACUUCAGGCCGCCCUUCCGGCCGCCGCAGCCUCUGCGCCUCUGCGCGCAGUACUCGGACUUCGGCUGCUGCGAUGAGGGGCGCGACGCCGAGCUGACCCGCCGCUUCUGGGCCCUGGCGAGCCGCGUGGACGCCGCCGAGUGGGCCGCGUGCGCCGGCUACGCGAGGGACCUGCUGUGCCAGGAAUGCUCGCCGUAUGCAGCCCACCUCUAUGACGCCGAGGACCCAUUCACGCCCCUGCGCACAGUGCCCGGGCUCUGCCAGGAUUACUGCCUGGACAUGUGGCAUAAGUGCCGGGGGCUGUUCCGUCACCUCUCAACUGACCAGGAGCUCUGGGCGCUGGAGGGCAACCGUGCCAGGUUCUGCCGCUACCUGUCCCUGGAUGACACGGACUACUGCUUCCCUUACCUGCUGGUCAACAAGAACCUCAACUCAAACCUGGGCCACGUGGUAGCCGAUGCCAAGGGCUGCCUGCAGCUGUGCCUGGAGGAGGUGGCCAAUGGGCUGCGCAACCCCGUGGCCAUGGUCCAUGCCAGGGAUGGCACCCACCGCUUCUUCGUGGCCGAGCAGGUGGGGCUGGUGUGGGCCUACCUGCCCGACCGCUCGAGGCUGGGGAGGCCUUUCCUGAACAUCAGCCGGGUGGUGCUCACCUCGCCCUGGGAGGGUGACGAGCGUGGCUUCCUGGGCAUUGCCUUCCACCCCAGCUUCCGGCACAACCGCAGGCUCUACGUCUACUACUCAGUGGGUAUCCGCAGCAGUGAGUGGAUCCGCAUCAGCGAGUUCAGAGUCUCUGAGGAUGACGAGAACGCCGUGGACCACAGCUCUGAGAGGAUAAUCCUGGAGGUCAAAGAACCAGCCUCAAACCACAACGGGGGCCAGCUGCUUUUCGGGGAUGACGGGUACCUCUACAUCUUCACCGGAGAUGGCGGGAUGGCCGGAGACCCCUUUGGGACAUUUGGAAAUGCCCAAAACAAGUCGGCGCUGCUCGGCAAGGUGCUGCGCAUCGACGUGGACCGUAAGGAGCGCGGCCUGCCCUACGGCAUCCCGCCCGACAACCCGUUCGUGGGCGACCCCGCGGCGCAGCCCGAGGUCUACGCCCUGGGCGUGCGCAACAUGUGGCGCUGCUCCUUCGACCGUGGCGACCCCUCCUCGGGCGCUGGCCGCGGGCGCCUCUUCUGCGGCGACGUGGGCCAGAACAAGUUCGAGGAGGUGGACCUGGUGGAGCGCGGCGGCAACUAUGGCUGGCGCGCGCGCGAAGGGUUCGAGUGCUACGACCGCAGCCUGUGCGCCAACACCUCCCUCAAUGACUUGCUGCCGAUUUUCGCCUACCCGCACACGACUGGCAAGUCGGUCACAGGGGGCUACGUGUACCGGGGCUGCGAGUACCCCAACCUGAACGGCCUCUACAUUUUUGGGGAUUUCAUGAGCGGGCGUCUGAUGUCCCUCCAAGAGAACCCAGGGACAGGCCAGUGGCAGUACAGUGAGAUCUGCAUGGGCCACGGCCAGACCUGUGAGUUCCCAGGCCUCAUCAACAACUACUACCCGUACAUCAUCUCCUUCGGGGAGGACGAGGCCGGGGAGCUGUACUUCAUGUCAACAGGGGAGCCGAGUGCCACAGCUCCACGCGGAGUUGUCUACAAAAUAAUUGACGCAUCCAGGCGGGCACCACCUGGCAAAUGUCAGAUCCAGCCUGCUCAGGUGAAGAUCAGAAGCCGUCUCAUCCCCUUUGUGCCCAAAGAAAGUCUUCCAAUUCUUCAGAGAAGCAGAAAAUCCCCCCAUCCACUCAUUCACCACGGACACGUGCCCUGCCCUGGGGAUACAGCACACGAGUUCAUCCCGAAGACACGGAGCACCCCGCGGCCUACAGCGCGGGCGUCCACUCGGGCGCCCCGCCGAGGGCGCCCCACGGCCGCUCCCCCCGCGCCCACCCCGCGGCCAGCGCGGCCCACCCAGCUGCCAGGGAGCCGGAGGGGCGGCGGGCGGCGGCGGGGGCGGCUGAACUCGGCGAGCCGGGCGUUCCGGGAUGGCGAGGUGCGCCUGGUGCGGCCCGCGGGCCUGAGCUCUGGCAGCGGGCGCGUGGAGGUGUUCGUGGGCGGACGCUGGGGCACCGUGUGCGACGACUCCUGGAACAUCAGCGGCGCCGCCGUCGUGUGUCGCCAGCUGGGGUUUGCCUACGCCGUGCGCGCCGUCAAGAGAGCCGAGUUCGGCCAGGGCGGCUCGCUGCCCAUUCUUCUGGACGAUGUGCGCUGCACGGGCUGGGAGCGGAACCUGCUGGAGUGCCAGCACAACGGCGUGGGCACCCACAACUGCGAGCACGACGAGGAUGCGGGCGUCGUGUGCAGCCACCAGAACCCCGACCUGUAGGCAACACGCCGCUGCCCCAGGCCAUCCCGCCGGCGGGAGAGCCUGGCAGGGGCCGCUCCGCCCUGUGUGCGCCCAGCGGGUGCACACGUGUUCUAGAGUGAAAGGGGUGCGGGUGUGUGCUGUCCUGGGGACAUGUGUGAGGCACUGCAGUGCAUGUGUGUCCCCUGCAGACCCAAGGCAGGAGUGUGUGUUGGGGACGGUGUGGGCUCUGGAAGUGCAUGGUCCAUCAUGGGUGGGAGGAGUUCCUUUCUUACCUCCAAGCGUUCCAGACACCAGCAGGAACAGCAGCCGGGCUGUGGGACCCUGAGGAGGGAGGGCAGCCAGGCUUCGAGGAUGGACAUGGCCCCUGGCUGUGCUAACAGAGGCACAGCUUGCAGACUGAGGGCAGUGGGGGGAACCAGGCUUGUCCUGCCCACAGCUGGAAUGGAAGGUGCAAGAACAGCCAGAGGGUGACCUGAGGAAUGUGGCCCAGACAGCAUGGCCUGGUGCCUGCAUCCCCCCCACCCCCUGGCAGUCAGAGGCGCUGGAGAGAACCGGAAGGCAUCCAGUGGGGAAGGGAGAGCCUUCUGGAAGGUGGGAGCAGGGUGAGCUGCAGGCCUGGGGCCCCACUGGAGGGGCAGGCUGCGUGGAGGAGCCAGCACCUGCUCAGGGAGGAUGGCUGUGAGGACUGCAUGACCUCCAAGGCCGUAUGCUGGAGAAGCCACUCAGCAGCAUACCCAGCCCUUGUGGGUGCUCCUGGGAUGGGACCAGCCUCCUCCAACCCUGAGGCCUGAUUCUCUCUUGCUCUUGGGGCAGAAGCCACCCACACUAGCUGGGCAGAGCUUUCACCCUGGCCCUCCAGUGAGUGGGUGGGCCUCCACCACUUUCAAAGCUGUGUUUGGGCCCUGGGGCCACCUCUGUCCUUUCCAUCCCCAUCCCUGCUCAGUGUAAACCCAGGAGACCUGAUUCCUCCAGGCCUACCUCGGGGCUGACCAGGCUGGGGGUCCAGUGAAACUACUGACACUUUUUCACCCAGGGCUAUGCCAAUAAUGUGGCUGUUUACACACCGCUUUCCUGCCUCCUCUCUGACCUGCACCUGUAUGGGAGCCGGGGUGGGAACCAGGAGAAAGGGGUGAGGGCUCCCGCUUCCCACCUGCAUCACAGGUGGAAGCUCCUUCACUCCAGGGAUGCUCGGCCCUGGCUCUGUGCCAGGCCGCAGAGGGGCACUUAGUAUGACUGCGCUCAGCCUCGGAUGGGAGCACGGGUGGGGGUGGGUAAGCAGAUGAGUCACCAGGCAGUGAGGACAGGAUGUGGCCCAUGUCGGGGGUUGGAAGAGGUCUGGGUGGGGCACCCAAACCCAACCUAUGGGGGGGGGCUUUGGGGAGGGGGUGAUGCUGUGCCAAGUUCUGGGAGCUGGCACCAGGGGUGGCUGGGCAGGCCUUGGGGCAGGCAUGAGUCUGGCAGGGUCUCCUAGCUGCUAGUAUAGGGUCUCCUAGCCGCUAGUAUAGGAUCCUGGGCUGCAGCAGAAAGCUUUAGGGUCACUGUCUUGGACUCCUCAUACUCUGUGCUUUACAGAAUGGGAAACUGAGGCACACAGAGGUUAGAUAUCUUAGUUAGGGCACCAAGCCAGGGAAGGGAGAAGUCAAGUUUGAAUACAGCAGCUUAGUUUAGAGUCCCUGCACCCUAACCACUGCCCUCCCCAGCUCCACUAUGCCUGCAGAGAGGGGUGUGCUGGGGCUCCUGCCUGGUGUGGGAGUGCCACCCUGGCUGGGAAGCAGCUGAUGGAGAUACCUGGGGGCUCCUCUUGCCUGGUAGGUGGCCCUGCUGCUGGCCUCAUGCUCCUCUCGGGCCUCCAGUGGCCCAGGGGUGGUUGAGUGGGCAUCUUCCUGGGAUGCAGGGGAGUUCUGAGCUCUCAUGCCGGGGGUGUUAGGAGAUAGCAGGCCGUUAAUGACCAUCCCAGCCGAAUUCCUCACCGUGCAGAUGAGGAAGUGAGCUCAGGGAGGCUGAGUGUCCUGGGCCUGUUGCCAGAUGAGGCCACGCUGAGACUGGAGCCAGGGAAGGUGCAGCAAGCCUUGAGGCCCUCAAGAAUGCAGCCAAGCCAGGGCCCUGCUUGCCUGGCCCCAGAAGCUGUUUUGCUCAGAGCUGGAUUAGGAGGGUUGGCAAAGGGAGCUCUGGGUGCAGCCUCAGGCCCUCCAGUACUUCUCUGGGCAGUUCGGGCUUUGGCCUUGAGUCUUCCAGGCCAGGCGCUCUUCCUCCCCAGCCUCCAACUCAUCACCUCUCAGGCCCCAAACUGGGCCUGGGCUAGGCUGCAGCCUGCCUCCUGGGGACUCACUCCACAGUCCCCAGGUCAGUGGUCCCCAACCUUUUUGGCAUCAGGGACUGGUUUCAUGUAAGACAAUUUUUCCAUGGAUGGGGGUUGGGGGGAUGGUUUUGGGAUGAAAUGUCCCACCUCAGAUCAUCAGGCAUUAGAUUCUCAUAAGGAGUUCACAGCCUAGAUCCCUCGCAUGCACAGUUCAUAGUAGGUUUCAUGUUCCUAUGCGGAUCUAAUGCCACUGCUGAUCUGGCAGGAGGCAGAGCUCAGGUGGGAAUGCUCGCUCCCCAUGCUACCCUGCCGCACUGCCACUCACCUCCUGCUGUGUGGCCCGGUUCCUAACAGGCCACCCAUCAGUACUGGUCCAUGGCCCAGGGUUUGGAGACCUCUGCCCUAGGUAGUAAUAAGAGUGGACAGCUGUUAUAUGUAAAUACUUGUUCCCCGAUGCUGGAAAGAAAUAGCACUAAAACAUAAAUUUAAUUCUUUCAGCAAGGCAAUUUUACUUUCUGCAGAAAGGGUGCUCAUUGCAGAUGGAACAAUAGCGAGAGGACACCUGAACAAAGGAGGGAAGCAAUUGUUAGCCCUUACGCAGUUUGUCCCUGCUACUGUGUCCUAUGUCCAUUGGCAGAAGCCAGACCGCACAAUCUAAACUAAAACCCGAUUGGCUGUUUAAAAUUUUUCUAAAUAGGUAAAAGUAAUGGAAGGAUAAAGGAAAAGAGGAAGUUGCUUAUGAAAGGACUUAGACAAGUAAUAAUAUUCCCAAAUAAGGAAGGGGUAUAGGCUGUGAGCUGGGACAUGCCUGUGAGCAUGUCCAGCACAGAUAUCUUGGUUAAAGUAUAAGGACAUAGAACGUACUAUGUGCCUGUGAGCAUGUCUAACACUUACAUAGGAUAGGGCUUGACAAAGAGUUAUUAGCAUAAAACAAGGAGGUUUGAAGGAAGCUCGUCUUUAAAAGAAACCAUUAUUUCUAACACUUAUGAUUUAUUCUUUAACAAGAAGGGAAACUUUGAAGAGAAACUUUUACUUUCUACAACAGUUGACCUCUGCUGAGCACUUACUACGUGCCAAGCACUGCUCUGAAAGUUUAACAUACCAUUCACUCAUGUAAUCCUCAUAUUAAUGCACAUUUACUCACGUGGAAGCCGAGUUCCAGGGCAUUUGUCACUUACCAAAUGUCACAUAGCCAAAAUUUGAAUUUGAGCCCAGGUAGUCCAGCUCUGGGACCCUGCUGUGGGCCUUCCUACUGGGCCACCUCAAUGGCAUUGAAAGCCAGCCCCACCCCACUGGGACACAAGUUCAGAGAAGGGCAGAACUGGCUCCCUGUCCAGUGCUUCUUUCACUCCACCACCUACAGCUGGCCGCUGAGGGAGCAUUCACAUGUGACUCUGUCCCCAGGGACUCCGAUCUUGCCUUAAAGUCCUCCAGGGCCUCUGGGGAUGGGGUCACAGCCUUCACCCUCACCCCCUCUAAUCCAACCUGUAGUCAACAGCCAGGAUCAGAUUCCCAGAGAGGGGCUGCCCUGCCCAGUGCCACACAGCUUAGUUCUGGAGCCUCAGGGUCAAUGCUGCAGGGGUGGCCCAGUGUCCAGGACUGUGUUCAAGACAUCAGCCAGAGGUCACAACAUCCCAGGCCCUAGACUGAGCCUAGGGGUCACCAUGUUGAUACCUUAGAAAUGUUUGGGAGGUUCAAGGAAGCUGGAAACUGGGUUCCAGUCCUGGCUCUGUGCCUCUCUGAGUCUCAUUGCAAAAUAGAGGUCACCAGAAGGAUUACUGGAUGAAAAAUGAGGUAGCAUUGCAGACGUGCAUGGCACGUACACUCCAGGUUGCUUCCUAGACAGAAAGCUCAGUUCGAGGCUGGUGGCAUCCAUGCUGGCAGCAGCCAACUGUCUACGACAGAGUGAGGAGGGGCAUGCCACGUGAAGGACCAGCAUCAGAAUGACAUGGGAAGAAACCGUCACAAUAGCAGGAGAAAGAGCUCCUCCAGCCUAACAUGUAGAACUCAAGUCUUCUUGUGGCACAUCUGUCCCCUCGCCCCUCCUCCCCCACUGAGAACUAGCUUUUACUGAGCAGUUAUUACAUGCCAGCUACCUCGGGUGUGUCAGCUCAUUUAAUCUUGACAACAGCUCCACGAGACACCCUCAAUAUCAGUGUCCCUGUUUUCCAGAUGAGGGGACAGAUUCCUAGGGCGUUAUGUAAGUGGUCCCCGGGGCUUUAGAGGCAGGUUUGCACCAAGGCCCAUUCUCCCAAAGCCGGAUCCUUCUCCUUCCCUGGGAUACGGCACCUCCACCCUGCCAGGCCACCCAUGUAAAGGCAGCCAAUUCAGAGCCACCUCUUAUGCCUGCAUCUCCCCCAACAAUUCCUGCUGGGAAACCACUCCUCGUAUGGUGUCAUCUACACCAGUGGGUUUCAAGCUUGAGAAGAAUCAAGUUCUACAGGGCUGCCUAAAACACAGAUUGCUGGGUCCUGUCUCUCAGAGUUUUUGACUCAGUCUUGGUUGAGAAUUUUCAGUUCUAGAAGCUCCUGGGUAACGCUAAUGCUCCUGUUCUAGGGGCCAUAGUCAUUGUCCAUACUGGUGCUAUCCAAUAGAAACAUAACGUGAGCCAAAUAGGUAAUUUAAAAUCUGCUUGUAGCCAUGUUAAAAAAGUAAAACAGGUAAAAUUAA